CACUGCCUCUGCCUCUUCAGAAAGACAGGUCCUCCAGAGAGCACCAGCUACAGCAGCUGUCAACCCUUGCAUUAAACGUCUCCAUCAUGGCGUAUAAAGCAGCACAUUUGGCCUUUAAGUCACGCUGGGACAAGACAGAUGAAGAACUCUGUCGGCACAGUAUGUCCUUCAUUUUGCAUAAGGCAAUCCAAAAUGAUUUCUUUCAGAGUUACCUUUAUCUGCUGGAAAAGCUUCCCCUGGUGAAACUUUACGCUUUGACAAGUCAAGUUAUCAAUGGGGAGAUGCAGUUCUACGCCAGGGCCAAACACUUCUACCGGGAGGUGCCAGCCACAGAAGAGGGCAUGAUGGGAGACUACAUUGAGCUCUCCAAUACAGACAUUGAAUCCUCCAGGGAGUUUCUCAGGAAGUUUGUUGGGGGGGUGGGGAAAGCUGGCACCAACCGCGCCCUGGACUGCGGCUCUGGGAUAGGUCGUAUCAGCAAGCACGUCCUGUUACCAGUUUUCAAGAGUGUGGAACUGGUGGAUAUGAUGGAGAAUUUCCUGGCUGAGGUCCCAAACUACCUGCAGGGCAAGGAGGACAGAGUAGAGAUGUAUUAUUGCAAAAGCCUCCAGGAAUUCACUCCAGCCCAACAAAGAUAUGAUGUCAUCUGGAUUCAGUGGGUUUCAGGAUAUCUGACAGACAAAGAUCUCCUGGAGUUUCUCAUCCGGUGCCAGAAUGGCUUGAAGGAUAAUGGUGUUAUUAUUCUCAAGGACAAUGUAGCCAGGGAGGGUUGUAUCCUGGAUUGUCUGGAUAGUAGUGUGAUCCGGGACCUGAACAUCCUCCACAGCCUCAUUGAAAUGAGUGGACUCACCAUCCUACGAGAGGAGAGGCAGGAGGGGUUCCCUGAACAGUGUGUCCCUGUCUGGAUGUUGGCCAUGCAGAAAUGCCCUGGCCAUUCCUGAUUGCAUGAGACUGCAGAGACUGGACUAUGGAUGAACCUCAGGACUGGGAACGAGAAAAGCAUCUACUAGAAUCCUCCUAACCAUGCACUGCUACUACUGCUGCUCUAGGGCAACAACUCCUAAAGGAUCAGAAGAAAAUUACAAUUGAGUCAGCUUCUUCAGGGAAUACAGUCUGCUUCUAAAUCCUGUCUGCUAUAUCAUUCUCUCCACUUUUAUGAGCCUUUCUCACAACUCCUUGUCAGAUCCCUCUUUCAUUAAGGAGUAAAUACUGGACAAAACUCAACUUAUAGAAAAUAAUUAGGUCUGAAGUUUCUGUAGUGGCUAAUACAUUUUGGAGUGUUCUGUAUGAAGUGUUAACAAAUAAGCCUGGUUUUUACUGUGGCACUUAAAUCUUCUUGGAAUUUCAGAAGGAUCUGUCAAAUCACUGAAGCAGGAAAUUCAAAUAACUUCUGGAAAAGCUAAGCCAAAUUUUGACUGUCAUCACUAUCUGUACUUUAAAAUAUUUAAAUCAAAAAUGUAAGGAAAGUUUUAUCCAUUAGACAACCUGGUUAAUUUUC